CUGAUGAACUAACCCUCAAUCUCACAAACCCUCAAUCUCAUUAAACUCUCUUCAGUUCCCAACUUCUCAAAUUUCACACAAAUCCACAAUCUAAGCCAACUCUUUUCUCAAUCGAACCCGAUUUUGCUAAAUUGGAUAAUCUUUUCCCUAUAAUGUUCACGUUCUAGGGAUUUGCUUUUCUCCCUGAAUCAUCAUCUCUACGAUAGUACUGCAAUCCAAUCCAACGCCAUCUGAAGUGCUUGAUAUAUAGCAGGGUCUUCAGACCCGGCCAUUUCCCAAGUCGCUGCUGCAGCCAGCCACCAGGAACCCGUCGGAGUCGCGAAAGGUAGGUAGCUCCCAAACCCCAUCGGCCUUCUCUUGCCAGCGAGCAUAAGCAUCGUUAUCUGGUGUUUCUGUUCAACUCAUGCAAGUCCUUUACUACUUGUUGUAAACUUUCAAUAACAACUUUCAACUAUGGCGCUUUCCGGAACUGCCUUAUCCUUCAAUGGACUUUCUUCUACUCUCAAGGAGUUUAAUUUCUCGUCGGGUUUGUUCAUGAAUAGUUUUAACAAGCGACAUCAUGUUUGUCUGUCAUCCUUUGAGCCAAAUAGGUUGGUUUUUGGAAAAAGUGAAAGAGGAAACCAACUAUCUAUUUCUCCUAAUCAAUGCCUCAAGUUUCAAAUGAGAAGAUUAGGGACACGACAGGGAGUAAAAAAGCGAAGACUCAGAGAGUAUGUUGAGUAGCGAGAACAUUGCAUUAGAUGAAAAAACUUUAGAGGAGGAGUUACAGAAUGCAAUUGCUGAGGAGAAUUAUGCUAAAGCGGCAGAAAUAAGAGAUACUCUAAAAAGCCUUCAUAAAGAUAGCAAGACAGAAGUGCUUGGAGCAAACAACAAGUUUUAUAAUUCAUUCAGGAAUGGUGACCUUGCAGCUAUGCAAGCAAUGUGGGCGAAAAGGGACGAGGUAAACCCUAUGAAUCUUGUGUCCAGGAACAAAAAGAUACAAGAUAUUUCAAUCUUGAAGGGUCAUUGCCAAGACCUUCUUGCUUCCAUGCAGGACAGACAUCUGGAACAUUUGAGUCAAUUGACAGUGCUUUUGGGGUUUGUAAUGAUAUUAGUGUCAUAUCGAUUUACAGGAACAACAUCUAGAACAUUUGAGUCAAUUGACACAAAAUGAAGACAGUCGAAGAAGAUGAUGAAAUUAAGUUGCACAUCAUUGCCACUAUUUCAGCACUUGUACCAAAAUAUCUUGCUUAUGCUAGAUUGGUAUAAUUGAAUCUUUUAGCAUCUAUAUAUGUACAAUUGAUAUGCAAUCAUUUACAUAGGUCGAAGGUAGGUGAAUUUCUAUUAAACCGGUGUAUUUAAAGUUUUCCUAGAUUCAUAGGCAUAUUGGUCCAAGGAUGCAGUAUGAGUUAUACUAAUGACAUUAUUUUUGUCGCAUUUCUAAGUUAUCAAUUGUAUAAAUACAAUUGUGUUCUUGGCUUUCUUUUA